GAAGCGCACGACGCUGUCCUCGCUGGUGCGCCGAAGCCUUGACUCCAUCGAGCGCUGGGCUUGGCUCCGGCGAGGCCUUUUGGCACGUGGGCGGCUGUACAUGGGACACACCCGCUUUGCCACAAGCUCCAAGGCCACCCUGGAGGGCACCCAUCCGCAUCGCUGGACUCCACCGCAAACACAGGAUGUCUAUGUGGGCUGGUCCCUGGGCCACCUCACGAAGCAGCAGAAGAGGCUGGAGUUGUUUAUCACACACAAUGGGGACCUGGACUACUUCGACGUGGGGAAGAUCACCUACGAUCUGGGCACCAUCCAGUCCUGGCUUGAGCAUGCCACCGGUUGCGCAAGGCCUGCGGACGUGGACUCCGCUGCCAUUGCCGGGAUCAUGGACCUGCUCCGCACGCAGGGCUGCCUGACCCGCAGCGUGCGCUUUGGCUUCCUCUUCGGCCCAAAGCGGACGUCGCUGAAUUACGAGAUGCCGGCCCAGAAGCUGUUCAAGCAGAUUGGGCAGGUGAUCGACGGCGUGCUGCAGAGGCACGGAAUCGAGGAGAAGACGGUGGGCAUCCUGAAUGAUGAAAGAGAGCUGCUGCGCGCCUCGUGCGUCCAGGCGGUGGUUGGCUGCAAGCUGCAGAUCCCGUUGGAAGAGAGCGACGUGCAGAAGAUGGUCAAUUCUUCUGUGGACGCUUUCUUCGACAACGAUCUCCUCUUUGCCACGCAGCUCUUCAUGCGCAAUGCCAAGGGCUCCUUCGGGCUCUGCAUCACCUCGUCUCUAGAUGCAAGCCGCCAGAUGGUCAUUGCAGCUCGUGGUCAGACAAUGUCGGUGGCCUUCUACCCGGAGACUGGUUUGGUCCUCUACGGUUCCGAGGCUGCAGCCGUCAAGGCGGGCAUGGGCAAGUCCGUCCCUCACGAGCAACAGACACAGCGCAGGUCGCGGCAUGCCAGCGUUGUCUUCGGGCUGGGCAGCAAGGCGAGGGGCAGGUCAGACAGCAAUGGCAUGUUCCACUCCCCUGACAAGCUGACCUUUGACGCCAGCCACGAAAGCAUGCAAGCGGGCGGCAGCAACCAGCUCGCACUGCAGUCGCAGCUGAACGAGGGAUAUACCAAGAGAAUAGCGGCAGCAAUCGCAACGCUUCUCAAGGACUUGGGCGGGGAGAUUUGCCUCCUGGACUGGGGCGAGGGUAUGCCCUUCACCUCGUUCAACCACAGGUCUCUACGGCCAACGGUGCUCAUGAACAACGCCUUGACCGUCACACUGGUGCGCGAAAGCUUUGUCCGAAAGACAAUGAUGAAGCGCAUGGUAGCCAUCGAGGACAACCCGCUGGUGCUUCCGCUACCCAGAAGCAAGGCAGAGCCCGUUGGCCAGGACAUCCAGGACAUCCCGAAGGCAUUGGAGAAAAUCCAGAAUGACUGGGACCUGGGCCGGGGCCUGAACCGCUCGACAGCUUGGGCCCUGGGCCGGGCUCUGCGGGGCCGGCUCCAGGACAAGCUGGCCGGCAAGGUGGCAUCUGAUGCCGUGGACCUGCUCAUCACCGGAUGCGAGGUCAGCUUGUGGCUGGGCGAGCAGCUAGCUGCAGACCUGUCGCUGUGCUUCAGGCGUCUGGUCGUGAGGUGCAUCUCAGCAAACAAAAUCCUAGGCUUACACGGCCUUGAAUGCCCGAUGCCCCAGACAGGGCACGGCUGUGGCUCCUGGAACUUGCAGGGUGCAUGUGUGCUCCUGGUGAGCCACAGUGGCGGCAGCUUCUCCACAUUGAACAUCUCCAAUCUCCUUCAAGCUGCGACCAGGCAUCUCUUCAUCGUCACCUCUGAGUGGGACACGCAGAUUGGAAAGCAGUUGCGCCAGCUGGACGAGACCAGCCGCAUUUUCAGCACCGAUAUCGGCCUCCGGCCUGCGGAGCCCUGCUCCAUCUCC